GUCCUUUGAUAUCAUCAAACAAAUAUCAAGGACCUGAGAAUGAACAACAUGAUCAGUGUAUGAAUUGGCUAAACUCGCAACCGAGUCAGAGCAUUGUGUUUCUGCGCUUUGGAAGCAUGGGAUUGUUUUCGGCAGGAUAGAUGAAAGAAAUAGCGGUAGGAUUAGAAAACAGUGGCCAAAGGUUCUUGUGGGUGGUGAGAAAUCCACCACCAGAUAAAGACAAAGAACCAAAGUUGGAUGAAUUAUUACCGAAAGGUUUCUUGGAAAGGACCAAGGAUAGGGGUUUCGUGAUGAAACAAUGGGCUCCGCAGGUGGAGGUUCUGAGUCACGACUCAGUGGGCAGGUUCGUGACACACUACGGAUGGAACUUAGUGCUUGAAGUGGUGUGCGGCGGGGUGCAGAUGAUUGGGUGGCCUCUGUAUGCAAAGCAAAGGAUGAACAUGGUGAUAAUGGUGAAGGACUUGAAGGUGGCGUUGGCGGUGAACGAGUCAGAAAACGGGUGUGUGAGUGGGGAGGAGUUGGAGAAGUGGGUGAGGGAAUUAAUGGACUCGGAGGAAGGGAAGGAGGUGAGAAAGAGGUCGUCGGCCAUGAGAGAUGAUGCUGCCAAAGCCAUGGGAAAGGGUGGGUCCUCUCAUAAUGACUUUUAGAAGUUGGUUUCACUGUGGCUUUUGUAAGACUAGUCGUCGUAAUAAAAGUCCAUGUGUGAUAUUUGUCCACGGCUGUAAUCGAUCAAAAGCCGAGUUGAGCUUUUGGAUUA